AUGAAUGAGCUCGUUGAAAAACUUUCCUCAAAACGUUGGAAUGAACGAAAGGAGGCGUUGGACAGAAUCGAUGCUAGACUACGAUGUGGUGUUUGCACACAACUCGAAGCUUCUGAUUUAGUAAACGCACUUAUUAACGUUCUAUUAACUGAUACACACCUACAGUUGGUUGCGGCAGCAGCGAAUAUUAUUACCCGUGCGGCUAACACGAUGAAAGAGGAUUUUGCGCCUUUGUCCAAGCCAACUCUGCUAGCCUGCUUAUCGGGACUUAGAUCUAGUAAACCUUUCGUCAUUUCAGCGCUUCGCUCUACCGUUGAUGCAACCUUUAACACUCUCUCGAUGGAGGCGAUAACAGAGGCAGUUUUAGUGAGUUUAUCAGACAAGGCCGCCAAUCCAACCAUGAAGGAGGAGGCGGUGGGGUUGUUGGGUCGCGCCUUGCAAGCGUCAGGGGGUUCCGCUUCCAUCACGGUUCGGCGAACCCUCUUCCGACGUCUGCUGUCGCCCCUCGUGGAGCUGAUGGAGGCGCGCAGCGACGGAGUGCGUGAAGCUGCUUGCCAUACCCUCGCUAUCGCGCGCCGCUACCUCGACGAUGACUCUAUCUACGCCCGACUCACUCUCGACGUUUUCGAUGAUAACAAAAAGGCUCGCAUUGAUCUCGCCUACCAACGCCUUUCCGCCGUUGCCAAAAAGGUUGAGCGUCCUCCCAAGGCUGAAUCCACUUUGGCUGAUGCCAAAAUGGACAUAGAAGUCCAAGUGGCCUCACUUCAGAAGGCUAUUGGAAAACGGCAUCCACUGGCUUCGUCAGGUGUCGUGCCACCACCACAAUCGAAGAAGGCAAAGGCAACUGCCAGUGUUACCACAACCGCACAGCUUCCGGCCUCCUUUGCGACCGAGCAGCAUAUGUCCGAGGAGGAGGUCAAACGCAUCUUCUCGCAAAAAUCCAUACCUGAGAGUGUUGUCAAUAACUUGAGUUCAAGUAACUGGAGAGAAAGAUUUGAAUCGGUCGACCGCCUCUAUUCCGCUAUUUCCUCCUUUUCCCUCGAUUCUCCUGCUUUCCCUCAGGCAUUGAUCCGUCUUCUUCUGCAGGCACCAGGCUUGAAGGAGUCGAAUGUGCAGGUUAGGUGCCGAGUCUUGGAGACGAUAGGAGCCAUUUUAGAGUACUCAAGGGUGUCAUUCAUGUGCGAAACCCUCUUUGAGACGCUAACUACCAACCUGGUGAAUCUCAUAUGCACCCCAAAAAACGUCUCCUCCUGCGAGACCUGCCUCAACGGACUGGAGCGGUGCUGCGGUCUUCCUGUGCUUGGUGACGCCCUUCUUCGUCUUGCUGCCUCCACCAAGAUACCCAAGUCCACCGAGCACAUCAUCCUCUGGCUGACGCAAGUCAUCGAGCGCUCAGACGGCUUUUGCCUCAACUAUCUACUGACAGUGAAACACUUAAGAGAAGGUUUCAACAGUAGCGCAGAGCCGGUGCGGCACGCCUACGUGAAAUUGGCGGGCGCCGUCUACGCAAGUCUUGGCCGCAACAGCAGCGGUGGUGUUGAUGUUGGGAGCCCUUCCCCUGAGGCUUUCCGAGCAGAUCUCGAGGGCUCGAGCAAGUCGGCGAUCGCGGCUUUGCUACGUGACGAGUUCCAGGGCCGCGAAGACGCGGCAGUAGCAAUGGCACACGAAACACCUCGGCGUAUUAGUGACCGAACCGCCUCACAGGUUCCACUUUCGUUCUCCUCUCCAACUCAUCGAAAACUAGAAGGGACCUCUAGAAGAAUGACCACAGUUUUGAACAGUCCCUCAGAGGCCCUUCAACGCUCAGUGUAUAGUGGCAUAGAAAAACCCAUAUUCGAGAAAGACGAGGCAGAGGCAGAAGAUGAAGUGAAAGUCGUAGGGGAUUUUGCUGUUGAGAGUCAGUCUUCUCUCCGACUCGCCUCGACUUUCUGUGCGGUCUCUGUGCCUCUUCUGAUUGCCGAUUUCAGAGCCAAGAAGACACGUCUCGUCCAGCUGGCUACGGGGACUCUUCAUCCCACUCGCCAACGUCUCGAGGGUGAUUUCAUUGAUGCCGGUAUGCACCCCAACCUUAGACAUCUCUUAACUUUGUGGGACUCGAACCCUGACAAGACAAGGGAGGCUCUGGUUUUGCUGACGCACCUCCUGCUGCAACACACUCCAUCUCGGCAGAAGGCGCCCGAGCACCACCGAGACCUGUUGUCAGACACACUGGCCAACUUAGAUCUCCUCUUCCAGUGGAUGGCUGAAUCCUGCUUCGUCUCCGAAACUCUUGUUCCUGAGGUCGUGUCCCAAGCUCUUGAAUACUUAGACGAACUCAUAGCUCGUCUGGCUGAUGCGAAGAUGACCUUGACGCCUGCUGAGGUGCGAAUCCUACUACCUUGGCCGCUUUUUGCACCCCACAUGCUCAAUCAGUACUUUGGCCAGGUUUCGGAGAGGUGCUGUCGUCUCACCAGUCUCCUCUUCAGCCUCUGUCGUGUCCUCUCGGCCGAUGAGGUCUACUUAAUCGUCAUGGAGGCUAUGAGCACUGUCACUGAGACGGAGAUUCUCAAAGAAAUGCUCCUCCUGGUAAAGCUUUUACUAACGCGUUUUCCGAGCCUGCCCAAUCCUUCAGUUGCGGAUAUCAAGGCGAUUGCCCAGCAUGUCGGCUCGUCGCACAAGGAGGUCCAUCGGGCGGCUUUGGAGUGCCUCAAGGCGGCUCGCGGCGCAUACUCUACUGAGCAGAUAUCCACAAUGGCUGGAAAGUUAACCGAACGAGAUAGAGCCUUCCUGGAGGAGGCGUUGAAUAAGGAUGCUUCUACUACGAGUUUCCACACGCCUCUUCGACCGAAAAUUCCAUACUUUGACGGUGGUUUCAGUGCAUCUUACACAAAUAACCCAAGCAUUCUUGCGUCGGUGUCGCGGAGUCAGCCCAUGCAGUGCUCGCGUCUCACGGGGCCAGAUGACGAGGAGGGUUGUCUGCAUGCCCUCCGUCAGUGGAUGCUGGGGGUGCUGGCUGAGGACGACCGCACCAAGGAGGUGCGCAUGGUCGCUUUCCUUGUUUCCAAACUCUUAGCUUCACCGUCGCUUUCCCCGUCCCCCUCUACCUGCGACAAUGAUUGGGCUAAAACCCUCGAUACUGCCCUCCUUGCCGUUUCCCACCUGGACUUUCUUCACCAAUCCACAGCGACGCGAGAUCUGCUUCUUCCGAAGGCCUCUACACUGAUCGAGCACCUAGGUCUGCAGAUGAGUCACGUUGCUUUGGGAAGUGUCCCCGCCUCUAAUUACACCACCGAGGAGGCGUGUCGAUUCGUUCGUGCAACCGUCGGCUUCGUUAUCUCUGUGCGUUAUUUCUAUUAUUCCCUUUCUCCGGUUUUGGGUUUGGCGACCAAGCAAAUGCUUGAAAUCGCCAGAGGUCCGAUUAUGCCGACGCUUAGCACCGCCUCUUCGAAGGACUUGAUUUUCCGUGCGGCCUUCCUCACUCGUGACCUCACGGCCCACAUUCUCUCGCAGCUACUUGCGGGUCUGCUACUUCUCCAUGCCGUGCUCGACUGUAUCUGCCAGGGUCGCUUCGAAUCUUUGCCUCUUAAGGGCUCCUUUCUCUUUCUUCUCGUCGAUCUGGACAUUGCGAGGCUCCUGGAAGAGGAACUCCUACUCACCCUGGAGUUUGUCCAUGAGAAACUCAUCAUUAGCAGCCUCUUUACUUAUAUUGUAGCCUUGACUAGCCUCGCAAAUGGCCAGUGGAGUGGUAACGAGGCAGCUGAGAGUGAUAUUGGUAGGAGCUGGUUGGCUAAAAAUAAUCUACUUCUAAAUAUGCUGAACCUUGCAAUGAAAGAAUUGGCGGAAAAUCAAGACGACCAUCGAGAUGAUGUGAAUGCGGUACUGAAGGCUCUGGAGACAUCACGUUCCUAUGAACUCCAGUCUGAUUUCCAUGAGGGUCAGCUGAUGGUCGCGUUUGCCUUGAAUCGACUACAUUCCUGA